AUGAAAACGUUAAUUUUAUAUUUAAAAAUUACUACAUUCCUUCUUUUAAUUUGGAUGUAUCAAUGUUUUUAUAACUGUGAUUCCUAUAAAACAUUGAUUGAUAAAAAUAUAUUGCAAACAAAAAAUAAGAUAAUAUAUGAAAGAGUAUUAACAGAGGGUGACAUAGCAGGAGAAAAGCAAACUUACGGUGAAGAAUGCAUAGGAGAAUGUCCAUUAGAUAAUGAAAAAAAUAAAUGGGAAAAUCCGGUUCAAUGCGAGAAUCCGUGCGAUCAAUGGCAUAAUGUCAUUAUUCCAUCAUUGUGGGAGGACUUUAAUAAAGAAACAAGUGAAAUGGACCCUAAAUUGAAAGAAAAAAAAUGGAAUGUUGAAUGGAAUCAAAUUUCAGCUAACAAAGUUAAUGAUCUGUCUUCAAUAUAUCAUCGACAAGAUAUUUCAGAAGAAGAAAAAAAAAAAAAAAUUUAUAGUGUUAUGAAUGAACUUAUCUCAGAAUAUGUGAAAUUUUUAUACGAAUUUAAGAAAGAGAUGAGAGUCUAUAAAAAAGAAUCCGAAUCUAAGAAAGAGAUAAGAGACAAUAAAACAGAAUCCGAAUCUAAUAAAGAGAUGAGAGAAAAUAAAACAGAAUUCGAAUCUAAUAAAAAGAUAAGAGACCAUAAAUCAGAAUCCGAAUCUAUGAAAAAGAUGAGAGACAAUAAAACAGAAUCCGAAUCUAUGAAAGAGAUGAUAGAUAAUAAAGCAAAAUCUGAAUCUGAGAAAGAGACGAUAAACAAUAAAACAGAAUCUGAAUAUGAGAAAGAGAUUACAGACAAUAAUACAAAAUCCGAAUCUGAGAAAGAGAUGAGAGACAAUAAAACAGAAUCUGAAUCUGAAUCUGAGAAAGAGAUGAGAGACAAUAAAAAAGAAUCCGAAUCUACGAAAGAGAAGGGAACAAAUGAAAUAAAAAAUUAUAAAAAAAAAAUUUCGAAAUUGAUUAUUGUUUUGAUAUUCUUAAGGAGAAUAGAAUAUAAUGGUUUAACAGAGAAUAUAGGAGGGGUCAUGCACAAGAUCUAG